AUGGAAAAUCUGAAGCUAACAUUAUACUUAAUAAAUUACAGAGCAUCAAAAUUAAAAUCUUUUGUUCUGCAAAGCGUGGAACUCCAGCAGAAAUCCUUGAAUAAAAAUCAAUGUCCUGGAGAGAAGCCAGAGGAGCUGGACUCAGGAGCCAUCUAUCACUGCCACAGCAACUCCAAGGCCACAGAGAACAGAGCAAACGAGCAAGUCUAUGCCAAGUGGAAACUCUGUGCUGCUUCAGGAAUAUGCUUCGUUUUCAUGAUUGCAGAGGCCGUGGGUGGGCACAUUGCUGGGAGUCUUGCUGUCGUCACAGAUGCUGCCCACCUCUUAAUUGACCUGACCAGUUUCCUGCUCAGUCUCUUCUCCUUGUGGUUGUCAUCAAAGCCCCCUUCGAAGCAGCUGACGUUUGGAUGGCACCGGGCAGAGAUCCUUGGUGCCCUGCUGUCCAUCCUGUGCGUCUGGGUGGUGACGGCUGUGUUGGUGUACCUGGCAUGUGAGCGCCUGCUGUACCCUGAUUACCAGAUCCAGGCGACUGUGAUGAUCAUCAUUUCAGGCUGUGCGGUGGCAGCCAAUAUUAUACUAAGUGUGAUUCUGCACCAGAGACAUGCUGGACACAAUCACAAGGAAGUGCAAGCCAAUGCCAGUGUCAGAGCAGCCUUUGUGCAUGCCCUCGGAGAUCUAUUUCAGAGCAUCAGUGUGUUAACCAGUGCACUUAUUAUCUACUUUAAGCCAGACUAUAAAAUGGCUGACCCAAUCUGCACAUUCGUCUUUUCCAUCCUGGUUUUGGCCAGCACCAUCACUGUCUUAAAGGACUUCUCCAUCUUACUCAUGGAAGGUGUGCCAAAGAACCUGAACUACGAUGAUGUGAAAGAGCUCAUCUUAGCGGUGGAUGGAGUGGUGUCUGUGCACAGCUUGCACAUCUGGUCUCUAGCAAUGAACCAAGUGAUUCUCUCGGCUCAUGUUGCUGCAGCAGCCAGCCGGGACAGCCAGGUUGUUCGAAGAGAUAUUGUAAAAGUCCUCAACGAUAGCUUUACUGUGCACUCACUCACCAUUCAGAUGGAAUCUCCAGCUGACCAGGACCCUGACUGUUUUUUCUGUGAAGAACCCCGGGACUAG